AGUUGACUGAUGUGCUGUAAUUUUUAUUUAAUAUCUAACCGACAAUUAUGGAAAACGAUACUUUUAAUAAAAGAAUUGGCACAACCGAUCUCGGAAAACACUAUGAAAAUGUUGUCAUCGCAAAUUUGACUUUACAACUUGUAUUAGAUAAAAAUGUAGACGAUUUCAAAUUGUCAGGCAAUGACGACAAAUUCGGUGACUUUGACGAUGUCGUCGUUGAAACUGAAUCAAAUGGAGAGAAGAAACUAUACGCAAUUCAACUCAAGCACUUUAGAGAUGUAACAAAGAAGUUAUCAAAAGACAGCUUUAAGAAAAAAAAAGAAUUUAAUCUUCAGAAAUACUUUACGUCGUUUAAAAAUAUCAAAAAAGGCGAACGUUCUUGCAAUUUUAUUUUGUUUACAAACGAAAAAUGUUGUUGUAAUAUGGAAAUUGAAUUGAAGAUCCGCGAAAAUGACAUCGUUCGUGUUAAAAUGACCAAAGCCGAAUCGAAAGAACUGUUUACCAAUGGACUGUGUUACAAGUUUGAAAUAAUAAAUGUCAACGAACUUCCUGCAGAGUUUAAAGAAUAUCACACGUUUUUUGACAAUUUGUUGUUAUACACAAAUCAAUUAAACGUGGAGGAAACAGAAACUGUUGUUAAAUUACAAUUCGAACAAACGUUUUCUUGCUCUAAUGAAGAGUCGGAAAGGUUUUUGCAUUUUAUAUCUCAGUGGAAUCUUCAAGAGGGCACCAAAGUGAAAUUAAACAAAUCCAUGAUGCGGAAAGUGAUAGCAGUUGCUGCACUGUAUGGUUCUACUAAGCCUCUUGCUUUUACACAUACUACCGAUGAAAUGAAGUUGCUACGUAGGGCUAUUGAGAAUUUUAAUAUCACAGUCAUUCAAGAAGAAAGCUACGACAAAAUUAAAAUUCUCUGGAGUGACUUGGAAUUGAAUGAUAUUGAAGAAAAUAUCAAAGAUCUAGCAAAAAAAUUUCCAUUUCUUCGUUUGAAAGAAAGUGUUGCUGAUACUGAUGACAACACUUUAUCAAAACUUUUGUGGUUACUGGAAAUGACUCCACUGAUGGUCAGCGAGAAUCAAACGGUUUAUAAUGUAAUGGAUAUCUGUCGCAAAGAAAAAUUUAUCUUAGUAAGUUCGGGUACACCCAAGGUGCAACUAUCGCCAAGUAGAAUUUUUCAAAAUCUAUCAAAUUUGGAUCCUAGGUCUGAACUAUAUCAAAAUAUUGUAACCACAUUCAAGUGUUUACUUCAAGGGAAGGAAAUUGUUACUUUAGAUUUUCUAAUUAAAAAAAACGACGAAAUUCGAACGAUUAUAACCCCUGAGGAACUGGUGAAAAUGUUGGACCGUCCGUAUCAGCUUGGCGAGAAAAAAGAAUUUAUAUCGGAAACGUACAUUAACAGACAUCUGUCGGUAAAUUAUAUUGACAUCAAUUAUUUAAAAAACGUUGAUAAUGACACUUUGAUUGUUCUUGAUUGUAUGAACCAAAUGGAAAAAAUUUUGAAGAAACUGGGCAAUUUUAAUUUGAUGGAUAUCAAAUUGUUUUUUCGAGAUGACGAUAAUAAUUCUAGAAAUUGUGGGCAAUUUUUGCCGAAUCAUCGAACGCUAUAUCACACAAGUCCAUACUUAAAAAAUUAUGUUUCUGGCUCUGAUAUAUACAUCAGUGACAAAUGUUCUUUUGAUGAUUUUCAAAAAAUUUGUAAUCUUAAUCCAAAAAUAAAAAAAUAUCAUCAUCUGAAGAUUAUAGAUGAAAAGACUUUAGAAUGGGUACGAAGCAAAGGUGAUAUAAGCGAUCUAUCGAGGUACCGAAGAGAAGAACGAUUUGUUGAAGAAACAACUUUUUAUACUAGUGACCUGGACAACAAUGUGAAUGUGGUGAAUGGAGACCCCGGAACGGGAAAAUCUGAAUUAUUGAAAAAUAUCAAAAAUAGUUGUGGUGUGGAAUUUUGGUGUAUUUUUUUAAAGUCUGUGGACACCACUCUCUUGUGUACGCGUCUAGAGAAAAUCCAAGCAGAUCAAAGAGAAUCUGAAUUGAUAGAGUUUAUUCGAGACACAAUGUACGUAGGAUAUCCAAAUUUUGAUAAAGAGCUAAUAACGUUGUUGAUCAAGAAUCGUCACGUUGUCUAUUUCUGGGAUGCUCUUGAUGAGGUAACUACAAAAUGUAUAGAAAUUGUGAUUGAUCUCAUAAAGGAAUUGUCCCAGAAAAGUGCCUUCCAGUGGAUAACCAGUCGUUGCCAUUUAAAGAAACAACUUGAGAAGAAGUUUGGUGUGUUAUCAAGAAGCGUCAGCCAAUUUAGCGAGAAAGAACAAAGUCGUUAUAUUCAUCAAAGACUGAAAGACUUGUAUUCCGACGAACAUAUUGACAAAGUAAUCCAACAGAUUAGAACUACAGUCACAUCAAUAAAACAUAACAAUAUUUUAGCAACUCCUUUGCAGAUUUAUAUGUUCACUGAACUCUUCCAUCACGACCCUGUCAAAUACAGAAUCUUACUCGAAAAGCUGUUUUCUUUAACGGAUCUUUACCAACACAUGAUAGACGAAAAGUUCAACAGAUAUUACAAAGAAAAGGCUGAUGUUCAAUGCCCCAAUAACGCCUUAAGGCAAGUCUUAGACGGUUACAAGAGAUCGAUGUUUGAAAAAUACGAAAAGCGGGGUUAAAAUCACUCGU